AUGUCUUCGUCUAUACUGCAUAGUUGUCCAUUCUGUGGACAUAUUACAGAUAUUUCUGAAAUACUGGCUGAUUUUGUGGGAAACCCACACUGCACCAAGUGCGGUUUAUCAUCAUCUGAGAGCAACCAGAAGGCUCAAGAUGAUCUCGUGUCACUUUUCCGUACCCAUAUGAACAUGGGACCUACCUCUAUGACUACCGAGGACGGAAUACCUGGGACUGCUUCCCCCUCCCCAAUUACAUAUAGCGUCACACAACACUACCACCAUUCGGCACAUGUAGCACACAGAGCCUGCAUGUCAGGGCCAGUACAGGGAAACACAUCGCCAAGAGAUAAUGAGGUUGCAAGCCAUUCUCUGUUCGAGAUUCUCAAAUAUCACAACAUUCUCCCGUCAUCUUUAUCAUCAAGUCAAUUAGAACUUUUUGCCAAAGCGCUGCCAGAACAGCAAGCCCGCUUGAUUCAGAUGUGGCAGAUCUGUCCAGAGCCUAGCAAAGGCUCCCAAUGGCCCAUUCAACCGACACAAGCCGCCCUUGCGAACGACCUUGAGAUGGGCGAUUCCACCCACGAACCAAACAACGGCGGCGAUGUGCCCUAUUUUGCCGAGCCGUAUAUGCUUGCGGGCUAUGACCUUGUUCGCGAAUCCGAACCGCGUCAUUUUGGGCAUCCGGCUAAUGAGCCCACGACUGGUUCCCCAUAUAGGAUUUGCAGUGAUCCAGUAUAUCAAGGCGGGGCACAACGGUGGUGGGAAAGGACGCAGCCUGUGACGAUAGAAUACUAG